GGUGCGGGGCUGAGGAGUUUGCAAACAAGGAGGAGCAGCGAGUCCCUUCGGUGUCAUUGGAGGAGGCUUUUUCCAAGGAGCUCAUAAAUACGGGAGAGGCCGGGCAGGAGGCUGGGACUGCGCGGGGACCCCGAGGGCAGCGCGGGGGCCGGGGGGGCCAUGGCAGCGCUGCUCGGCACAUUCCCCUGGCCGGAGCGGCUGGAGGGGGACACGGGCGAGGGGCUGUCCCCAGGGCCACCCCCCCGAGCGUCGCAGGGAGAGAAGGGCUCCGAGAGCCGCAUCCGCCGGCCCAUGAACGCCUUCAUGGUGUGGGCGAAGGACGAGAGGAAGCGGCUGGCGGUGCAGAACCCCGACCUGCACAACGCGGAGCUCAGCAAGAUGCUCGGGAAGUCCUGGAAGGCGCUGAGCCUGUCGCAGAAGCGUCCCUACGUGGAGGAAGCCGAGCGGCUGCGGGUGAAGCACAUGCAAGAUUAUCCCAACUACAAGUACCGGCCCCGUCGGAAGAAGCAGGUCAAGCGCAUCGGGAAGAGGGUGGAUCCCGGCUUUCUGCUGGGCAGCCUGAGCCGGGACCAGAACUCAGUGCCCGAAAAGCGGACCUGCAGCCGGGCCGGGGGGGACAAGGAGGGCCCGGGUGAGUACCAGCCCCGGCCGGGGCUGCCGGCCGUGCGCGGCUACCGGGAGGCUGCGGGCAGCGGCAGCAGCGCCAGCGUGGACACCUACCCCUACGGGCUGCCCACCCCGCCGGAGAUGUCCCCCCUGGACGCCAUAGACCCCGAGCAGAGCUUCUUCUCCUCGCCCUGCCCCGAGGAGCAUCACCGCUCGCCCUUCUCGGCGGAGUACGCGCUGCCCCGCGGCCCCCACCCGCUCAGCCCGCUGCCGCAGCCGGCCGCCUGCAUGAUGCCCCCGGCCUCCAGCUGCCCUUCCCUGCCUGCUCCUGCUCCUCCCGGCUACUACACGCCCUCCUUCCCCUCGCUGCCCCCCGCCAGCCUCCACGCCCACCUGGGCCAGCUCUCCCCGCCGCCCGACCACCACGGCUUCGACAGCUUGGACCAGCUGAGCCAGGCGGAGCUGCUGGGCGAGAUGGACCGCAACGAGUUCGACCAGUAUCUCAACAACCCCGGCCACGCUGACCCCCACGCUGACCCCCACGCUGACCCCCACGCUGACCACCACGGUGGCCACCAGGGCGGGGCUUUGGCCAGCGGGCACGUCCCAGCGUCCGGCAGCUCGCACAGCUCCGAGAACAGCCUCAUCUCCUCCGUCCUGGCCGAUGCCACGGCCACCUACUACAACAGCUACAGCGUGUCUUAGGAGCCCGGCCAGCAGGAGCCCGCGCUGUUCCGAGGCGUGGGGACACCGCCCGUCCCUCGGGUGACCGAGCCCGGGGCCCCGGAGUCUCCUCGGUGCUGUAGCUAAAGGAUUUGGGCUGCUGGCUCACCACCGUGCCAAGCUGGAGUGCUCUGCUCCCACCGUGGCCAGGGGGCACUUCCCCACAAAGCCAAGUCCCUCUGCCAAAGCAGGGAUGCACAGCAAUGCUGCCGCUCAUUUUGGGGCGUCCCCAGCUCUGCUUUGGGGUCAGCAGUGUGGCAGCACCCCGCAAACGCCAGGUCUGAAUUCCCCCUGGAAGGGGGAGAGGCAGGGGUGGGAGAAGGGAAGGCUUUGGGGAAGGUCUAGGAGCUGGUUCUGGGUUCUGGUCUGACCUGCCUGAUCACUCCAACGGGGAUUAAAGCCCCCAUCCCCUGCCCCAGAGCAUGGACUGGGGGCUUCACCCCUAGGGGAACCCCAGAGGGGAUGGACACCAGCCCCAAGGGUGCUGAGCCUGCUCUGGACUGGGGUAAAAUCAAGAAAGCUUCCACCCCUGGGAGCAGGUCCUGGGAUGAACAUUUUGGCCAAGAGGUGAUGAUGUAGCAGACACUUUUUUUAUCAAACCUCCUCCAAAGGGGAAGGCUCCGUGUUUGGAGCCACAGUGCUCAAUGCCUCUCCUAACUCUGGCGUUUUAUUGCUUGUAAUAAAGCUGUACAUUGAUUUAUUCCUUCCAUUAUUCCUUCUCCCCCCCACCACCCACCUCCGAUUUUGUAUUGCUCGAGUUCUCUUCCUUUCCAUAAAGAUGAAGUUUUAUUUUAAAUCAGUUAUAUGACAUGAUUAAUCUUAGUGUUUACUGUAUGGCACUUGGUAAUGGUUAGUUAGUAACGUGGUUAUGAUUUCCUGGUCUCAGUCCCCAAAAUGUAUUAAUAAUAAUUGCAAAGAAAACUUUAAAAAGAACCCCAAAAGUUCACUGGUUUUUAAGCUAAUACAUUCCAUCUCUUUUGUGUGACUCUAUGCAUUUUGAAUGAGUGUAGAUACGAGUUUGCAUAAAGUAUUUAAUUUAAAUAAAUAUGUUUUUAUAAGA